CACUGCGAGCGAGUCUGUGACGGCGGCGUCCGAAGGCGGGUCUGGCUCGAUGGUGCUGCGUCCUGCGAUGGCGGCCGGCCCCGGGCGGUCGGCGCGGCCUGGGCCCAGGUCACGCGCUGAUGGGUCACUCUCGGCGAUGGUGGAGGCGGCCGGGCAUCUCUGGCUCGAGGGUAGUCUGUGUCCCGCCUGCGUGGCGCAUUCUAUGGACUGUCCGAAUGGCGGCAUUGCCGGCUUCGGGGGCGGCUGCGGCGGCGGUGGCAGCGGCGACAGCGUCACGAACGGCAGCAUCACCAGCGGCCACAGCCGCCACGGCCGCAUCGCCGGCGAGCCGCCGAGCGAGGCGCUCUCCCGCUCCACCAUCCUGACCAAGGCCAAGCCGUUCCCGGUCAUGGCUGGUGAUCAGAUGGUGUCUUGUCUGACGCAGCACAUGGGCCGCACAGGCACCGAUCCGGCCCGCUGA